AUGGGGAUCAUGCUGUUAUCUAUAUCUAACCUUAUAUCUUCCUGGCUCAUAAGAUACAUAAUGUUACUUAGCCAGGAAGAUUCAAAAGCAGAUGAGGAGGCUUUAAGAUCGCCAUGCCUUGGUUGGAACGUCAGAGUGAAAAUCAUCCAAACAAAUCAACGCUCCAAUGAUUGGAUGUUGGAGUGUUUCCUACUGUCUGCUCAGUUAUGGUCUUUCGUUGCUUUACUCGGAGGUUCCAAUGAAGCAGACACGCGUAAAUUGCUGCAUCAGGACACCAUUCUGCAUUUGAACCAGCUUUAUAACAGUCUCUAUCAAUUCAUCGUUGAAAGAAUCCGGCCACAAAAUUUUAAAAAGUGA